AUGAGUUUGUUGGAAAUCAACACUGUUGAUCGGCUAGACCGACCAAGUGCUUAUUAUGUUGGCAAGAACAAACGCCGCAGAGAUCGUGAUGAUGAAAGAGAGCAGGAAGACCCUACGGCCAAGCUGCGUAAUGCGACAACACUUUAUGUUGGUAACUUAUCCUUCUAUACAACAGAGGAGCAGAUCCAUGAGCUCUUCUCCAAAUGCGGUGAAGUCAAACGGUUGGUAAUGGGCCUUGACCGGUUCAAUAAGACACCCUGCGGAUUCUGCUUUGUCGAAUACUACAACCACCAAGAUGCUGUAGACUGUCUGAAAUACAUUGGCGGCACCAAGCUGGAUGAACGAAUUAUUCGAACCGAUCUGGACCCCGGAUUUGAGGAGGGCCGACAAUACGGACGCGGAAAAUCAGGCGGCCAGGUCCGUGACGAGUACCGCGAGGAAUACGAUCCCGGCCGAGGUGGCUUUGGCCGUGCCUAUGAUGAGCAGCGUGCACGAGAGGAAGAAGAAUAUGGUGCGGGACGAUAG